UAAUGUCAAGGCUAGAGUCGAUAUUGAGAUCCUCUGUGAUAGGGAAAAAUUACACAUGAAGCGUCCUAUUGGCCGUCAAAAGAAUUGGUUCAAGCCGCAUGCCAACUUCUGCCUUGAUUCCAUCCAAAAGAAGGAGGCAUUCGCGUGGCUCAAAUACGUCGUGAUGUUCCCGGAUGGUUAUUGCUCGAAUAUGAGUAAGGGAGUUAAUCUUUCGACGGGAAAAGUCACCGGGCUCAAGAGUCACGACUAUCAUAUAUGGAUUCAGCGGCUCAUGCCGGUGAUGCUUCGAGGGUAUAUCCCCGAGAAAGUCUGGCGAGUGCUUGCGCAGUUGAGCCAUUUCUUCCGCACGCUCUGUGCUAAGCAGAUAUGUCCCGAGGUUAUUGCAAAGCUACAACAUACAGUGCCGGAGUUGCUAUGCAAUUUGGAGAUGAUAUUUCCGCCAGGCUUCUUUACUCCGAUGGCACAUCUCAUUGUGCACCUCGCCAACGAGGCACUCUUGGGUGGUCCGGUGCAGUUUCGUUGGCAGUUCUGUAUUGAGAGAGAGUUUAAGUAUAUUCGAAAGAUAACUGGAAACAAGGCCAAGAUUGAAGCAUGCAUAGCUGAGGCAAUAUGCCUUCGGGAGAUGGCAGAUGCCGCGACAACGUACUAUCCCGAUGAUGUUCCCACUCAGCAUAACCCGGUCACUCGUUACAAUGUCGACGUGCCCGAGAAUGACCCCAAGCUAAAACUAUUCCAAUUCCCCGGUGGCAAGGCUGGUAAAGGAACAAAAUAUAAAUUGGAGAACGAAGAGAAGGAUUGUAUAAUGCUAUAUGUGCUUAUGAACAUGGAGGAAGUGAUCCCAUUCGUAAGGUAAAAUGGUGAACAAAUUACUUUGCAGCUAGUAACCUCGUCUCGGUCUAAUGCUUAUUUUCUCCUUUCAGCGAAUUCACGGAUGAAAUGUGGCCGUAUGAUGAAUUGCCCGAAACCUCGGAGAUGGACACUCUACUGAAAGACGGUGCUCCCGGAAUUAAUAAAAACUUUGUGACAUGGUUCAUGGAAAAAGGCCGUGAGAGAAACGUUGAUAUGAUAGAUGAGUUGAAAUGUGUUUCCCAAGGUUGUAGCCGUGAGGUGACCAAGUAUGAGAAGUAUGAUGUGAAUGGGU